AAAAAGUCUGCAAUAUUUUUUCAUUUUCUGUAAUUUAUUUCAAUAUAACUUCUACUUUGCUGUUCAUAUCAUAUUAAUUUCAAGUGGUAUUUCGAGCUAAAUUCAAAGGUUCCGAUUGGACACCAAGAUGCCGAAGAAACAAAAAGGAAAGGGGACAAAAAAUGAAAAAGACGACGUGGGGAAAAAAGGAAAAGAAUCUCCUGAAAAUCGGGGGAUUGAAGACGAUUAUCCCGACGAUAUGGACGAUGAUGAUUAUGAAGAGGAGGAAAUUAAACUUCCAAAACUCAAAAAUUCAGAGAUAGAACCAGUUAUGAUGGCUGAUAAAAAGCUGAGUAAAAAGGAAUUGAAAAAGAUGAAGAAACAGGCCCAAUACCAGGCAGAGCUAGAAAGUUUGGGGGAAGAAAUGGGUCAGUUUGCUCUGACGCAAGCUGAACAGUCCAAGACCAAGAGUACGGCUGCUGAGGAAAAUGCUCUUGAUAUUAAGAUUGAAAAUUUUUCUAUAUCAGCAAGAGGGAAAGAACUAUUUGUGAAUGCGUCAUUAUAUAUAACAGCUGGACGAAGAUAUGGUCUAGUAGGACCAAAUGGACAUGGGAAGACAACAUUACUGAGACAUAUAGCCAGUAAGGCACUGAAUAUCCCUCCUAACAUUGAUGUACUCAUCUGUGAACAAGAGGUGGUGGCAGAUGAGACCCCUGCAGUGCAAGCAGUUCUCCGCGCAGACAAGAAGAGAGAAGCUCUGCUGGCAGAGGCCAAGAAACUUGAAGAGUCUGAUCAUCAGGGGGAGAAGAAAGAAGAUGGGAAGAGUGACCUUGAUAGGCUCAAGGAGGUUUACGAUGAGUUGAACGCAAUGAAGGCUGAUGCUGCUGAGUCCAGGGCAAGACGUAUUUUGGCUGGACUCGGCUUUACAAGAGAGAUGCAGGAGAGACCUACCAAACACUUUUCUGGAGGUUGGAGAAUGAGAGUGUCUCUGGCAAGAGCACUGUUUAUGGAACCGACUCUUCUAUUGUUAGAUGAACCGACCAAUCAUCUUGAUCUAAAUGCAGUAAUCUGGCUGGACAACUACCUAUCUCUGUGGAAGAAGACAUUGCUGGUAGUGUCCCAUGACCAGAGUUUCUUAGACAAUGUGUGUACAGACAUUAUCCAUCUUGACAUGAAGAAGCUGCAAUACUAUAGAGGCAACUAUGCCCAAUUUAAGAAGAUGUUUAAGCAGAAGCGUAAAGAACAGCAGAAAGACUAUGAAAAACAAGAAAAGAAAAUCAGGGAGCUCAAAUCUCAUGGAAAGUCAAAGAAAGCAGCUGAAAAGGUAACCAAAGAGCUCCUGACGAGGAAACAGAUGAAGAACAAGACGAAACAAAAGGAGGCUGAAGAAGACAUUGGACCAACUGAGCUUCUUGAGAAACCUAAAGAAUAUGUUGUCAAGUUUACUUUUGAGAAUCCUCCGCCUCUGAAUCCACCCAUCUUGGGAGCACAUAGUGUUGACUUUGCCUACUCUGGUCAUAAGCCUCUGUUCUUGAACCUAGACUUUGGUAUUGACAUGGAGUCUAGAAUUGCUAUAGUAGGACCUAAUGGUGUCGGAAAGACAACAUUCCUGAAACUUCUCUUAGGAGAACUCACCCCAACCCAAGGGGAGGUCAGGAAAAACCAUCGCUUAAGAAUAGGCCAGUAUAAUCAGCAGGCUGCUGAGCAGCUCAAUUAUGAUGAGAGCGCAGUAGAAUAUCUUCAGCGGUUAUACAACCUGGAUUACCAGCUAGCUAGGAAGACUCUAGGCAGGUUUGGAUUAACAAGCCACGCUCAUACUAUAAAAAUACGAGAUCUCUCUGGAGGUCAGAAGUCACGUGUGUCAUUUGCAGAUCUCUCAUGCAGGGCCCCAGAUGUCCUUAUACUGGAUGAACCUACCAACAACUUGGACAUUGAAUCAAUUGAUGCACUAGCUGAUGCUAUCAAUGACUAUGAAGGAGGUGUAAUAAUAGUUUCUCAUGACGAGCGUUUGAUCCGUGAAACCAACUGCCAGCUGUGGGUCGUGGAAGAGCAGACCAUCAAUGAAAUAGAUGGCGGCUUUGACGAUUAUAGGAAUGAACUUUUACAAUCUCUUGGAGAAGAAGUGGCGGGUGCAAAAUUAGACGAACCUCAAUGA